UCACAACGUGUGAGAAUCGGCUAGACGUCACUCAUACAGUAGAUGCAGUACUUGUCUUUCUAAAUUCCAGAUUCAAGUUUUUGGUGAUCUGUGAACUGUGUAUAUUUUUUUUGUUAAAUUCAAAGGGAAAUUACAAAAAUCAUGACGGAAGAAGAAGCAAUUUUUGAUCCGGCUUUAGUUAAAAAGAAGAAGAAGAAGAAGACGCCAUUCGAUUUGGAUGCGGCUCUUGGCGAUAGCAAUGCCGAUAAUGCUGACAAGGACGAAGGCAAGGAAAAUGACGGCGGCGCAAAUGAAUUCGAUGAAAACUUAGAUCUGGAAAACUUUGGUAAAAAGAAGAAAAAGAAGAAGAAGCCAUUCAAUCUGGAUGAAUUGGAGAACAAUUUGCCAUCCGGCGAAAGUGAAGACAAGAAAGAGGAUGCGGUCAAUGAUGCAGCCGGCGAUGAGGGCGGUAACAUCGAAAAUGACUAUGACCUCGAUCUAGACUUCUCGAAAACCAAAAAGAAGAAGAAAAAGAAGAAGGAGCUCGACGAAUUGGUUGCCGAAAAAACGGAAGAACAACUACAAGUCCAAUCCGAAAAUGUCGAGGAAAGUAGCACAACUUGGUUUGGUUCGGAUCGAGAUUACACGUACGACGAACUGUUGAGCCGUGUGUUUGAAAUUAUUUUGGACAAAAACCCUGACAUGGCAGCUGGCCGUAAGCCAAAAUUCGUCAUGAGACCACCACAAGUAUUGCGUGUCGGUACGAAAAAGACAUCGUUUGCCAACUUUACAGAUAUUUGCAAAACGUUGCACAGACAACCGAAACAUUUAUUGGAUUUCUUGCUAGCUGAAUUGGGUACGAGUGGUUCGAUGGACGGCAACCAACAAUUGAUUAUCAAAGGUCGAUUCCAGUCGAAACAAAUCGAAAACGUCUUAAGAAGAUACAUCAAAGAAUACGUCACCUGUCACACCUGCCGCUCACCCGAAACCAUCCUCCAGAAAGACACGCGUCUGUUCUUCUUGCAAUGCGAAUCAUGCGGUUCACGAUGUUCGGUGGCUAGUAUUAAGUCUGGUUUCCAAGCUGUGACCAGCAAACGUGCCGCCAUUCGUGCGAAAACGGCUUAGAAGCGAUUUUUAAAUUUUCCAUUGCACUAAUCGUGAGAACAUUUAUUGGUAUACAAAGAGCAACAACAACAGAAAAGAAAACCAUACUGCAGCAAGUUGAAUGAUUGAUUUAAUUUUAUAUUAAUAGAAAAUGAAACGAAUUGAAUUUGAACAAGAGUGACUAAAUGAAAGAAAUUACAUUAGAAAUCGUGUCUAUUUCGACAUUAUUUUUUUUAGUUUUUAUGCGCUGGUUCAACGUCCAAAUUCUUUUGUUUUUGUUUUUUUUCGAUAAACAAAUGUAACAAGUGGAAUGAAAUCAGUACACAAACAUAUGCAAAAUAAUAACAUUGAAUUGAUUCAAAUUAUACGAACAAA